AAGCGACCCAAUGUUUGAAACUGUAAGUCAAGUAAUGCAAGUUAUGUGAGUGAGGUGGUGGUGUGUUGAAAACGUGAAAAGUUAAAAAAUAGGUUUACGACAUUUGAGGUUCGGAAAUGUUGAUAUUUUGUGUUAAUAUGUAGUUACAUAGUUCGAGAUGGAUAUACAUAAGGCACGUAAGAGUUAACGGAAAAAAUAUUAGUUUCUUUGAACUGUGUAAGUAUGGGAAAUUCCGAAAGUUCACAGACCAAAGUCGAUCACCCGGUUUCAAUGCGAAAUAAGCAUUCCGGAGUUGACUGUGUCAAAAUGCCCAUGCCAGAACCAAAUGAACUAGAAAGGAGGUUCACCUUAGCUUUGGCAUCCAUGGAUCUUCCUCCAGAUAAGGCUAAGCUUCUGAAACAGUAUGAUGAUGAGAAGAAGUGGGACAUGAUUUGUGAUCAGGAAAAAGUGAUGGCUAAGGAAUCUCCAUCUUUUUAUCUCAGAAAACUGAAGACAUACCUAGAUCCUAAAGCUUCCAGAAGUUCGCGGAAAAGGAAGUUUCUUGGUGAUUCUUCAUCAACACAAGUUCUUCGGGAUCUUGAGAUCUCUUUACGGACCAAUCACAUAGAGUGGGUCAGGGAAUUCCUUAAUGAAGAGAACAAAGGGUUGGAUGUCCUUGUAGAUUAUUUAGCAUUUCGACUUCUGAUCCUUCGACAUGAACAAACUUCACGAGAUGGACCUGUUCCUAACCAUAACUACGAGAAUGGAACCAUUCCUAAUGGUUACCCAACAUCACAUCGAUCCGUCCUAGAGUUUGAUACCCCAAAGUUUAGGAGGGCUUCCAGACACAUAGCAAAACUAAAUAUGGGGGAGGCUAAGGAUGAUAUUCAUGUUUGUAUCAUGUGUCUUCGUGCUAUCAUGAACAAUAAGUAUGGUUUCAACAUGGUAAUAGAACACACUGAGGCCAUCAACUGUAUUGCUCUAAGUUUCAAUCAUAAAAGCCUAAGAACAAAAGCUUUAGUUUUAGAACUCUUAGCAGCAAUAUGUUUAGUGAAAGGAGGCCAUGAAAUUAUUCUUAAUGCUUUUGAUAAAUUUAAAGAAGACUGUGCUGAAAGAAGAAGGUUUGAAACGCUGAUGGAAUAUUUUAUGAACUUUGAAGUUUUUAACAUUGAUUUUAUGGUUGCUUGUAUGCAGUUCAUCAAUAUAGUUGUUCAUUCUGUGGAGGACAUGAACUUCCGAGUACAUUUACAGUAUGAAUUUACGCAGCUUGGAUUGGACGACUACCUGGAGAAACUAAGGCAGUCAGAAAGUGAGGAACUCCAGGUUCAGAUUUCUGCAUAUCUUGACAAUGUUUUUGAUGUUGCAGCCCUCAUGGAGGAUUCUGAAACAAAGAUUGCUGCACUAGAACAAGUUUCUGAACUAGAGGAACAAUUGUCUAGAGCAAGUGAAGAAUAUAUGGAGUUGGAGAAUGAAUUGAAUGCAAGAUUAGUGGAGCUUGAAACUCAGUUAGAAUGUGUUACCCAAGAGAAAAAUGAAUUACAGGAAUUACACCAACAAACGGAUGAAGAACUUAAUACUUUACGCCGAACAGUUACACAAAAGGAAGAAGAAUCUCGUCAAACACAAAGUAUAUUAGAAUCAAAGAUAGAAGAACUUGAAAUAUAUCAAAAAUCCUUACCCAGAGGUUCUAGUAUAUCUGGAAUUCCUGAUUUAGGGGGUGGAGGACUGACUUCUUUAAUGCCGCCACCACCGCCGCCGCCACCACCACCACCACCACCUCCUCCACCAGCUCCACCUAUAGCUCCUCCACCCCCACCCCCACCACUCCAUGGUAAAUCAGCUCAAAUACCUCCUCCUCCAGGACAGAUGUGUUCUCCUGCAGAUGCCAUGACUAUCAAAAGAAGGUACCAGACUAAGUACAAGCUACCUACCCUUAACUGGAUAGCACUGAAGCCUAACCAAGUGAAAGGGACAGUAUUUAGUGAGUUAGAUGAAGACAAGUUGUACAAGAUUAUCAACUUCUCUGAUUUUGAAGAAAAUUUUAAACUUAGUCAGCAAGGUGGCUUUGCUGACCGAACUGAUGACAUUAAUUGCAGUAAACGAUUCAAGGUUCCAGAGAAAAUAACUGUACUAGAACACAACCGUCUGCGAAACAUGGCUAUCUCUCGUCGUAAACUGGAACUACCAAUUGAGGUGGUGGUACGAGCAAUUAAUGCUUUGGAUUUAAAGACAUUGAUCCAAGAAUAUGUAGAGAUUUUGCUUCGGAUGGUGCCAAAUGAAAAGGAGGUAAAAGCUUAUAGAGAAUAUGAGAGACAGAGGAGGCCGGUGGAUGCCUUAACAGAUGAAGAUAAAUUCCUUCUGAUGCUUUCUAAAGUCGAAAGGUUGUCCCAGAAACUUAAUAUUAUGAGUUACAUUGCAAGCUUUGAUGAAAAUAUCCAACUUAUCACACCGCAAGUUCAUUCCAUCAUCACAGCUUCAAGGUCAAUAAAGAAUUCAAAGAAGAUAAGGAAAAUGCUAGAGAUCAUUCUAGCCUUUGGUAAUUAUAUGAAUGGAGCUAAGAGAGGACCAGCUUAUGGGUUUAAACUACAGAGCUUAGAUAUGCUAGGAGAUGCAAAAUCAGCAGAUCGAAAGAUUUCUUUACUUCAUUACAUAGUGGAUACUGUCCAGCAUCAUUUUCCAGAUGUAGUCAAUUUUGAAUGUGAACUUCGAUUUGUAGAGAAAGCUGCCGGAGUCUCUCUAGAGAACAUUCUUAUAGACGUUAGUGAAUUAGAGAAAGGACUGGACCUAUGUAAGAAGGAACUGGCUCUUCGUGGUGAUGCGAAGGAUGCUGCUGUUUUGAGAGAGUUUCUUGGGAAUAAUGAAGAAAAACUAAGGAGAUUAAAGGCCAAUACAAAAACAGCACAAGAAGCCUUUUCUGAUUGUGUGGAGUAUUUUGGUGAAAGUGCUCGAACUGUUGCUGCGAACACAUUUUUCUCUUUGUUUGUUCGAUUUUCAAAGGCAUUUAAACAAGCUGAACAAGAAAAUGAGCUAAGGAGGAAACAGGAACAAGCUGCAAAAGAAGCAGAGCAAAAUCCUCUGGAAAAUGUAAAAAAGAAGAAUUAUUUAAACGCAAGAAAAAACACACAGGAUGCUGUAAUUAAUGAAUUGAAGAACAAAGCACGGCAAGUUAAAGAAAAAAGGCUGUUAAAGCAAGAUGAAGUUUAUAAUGGAGCACUAGAGGACAUACUCUUAGGCCUUAAGAAUGAGCCUUAUCGCCGUGCUGAUGCAGUAAGGAGAAGUCAGAGAAGAAAACAAGAAAAUGUCAGACUGUCUAGAACUAUGGAUGAGUUGGAUUUCUAAGAUGAAUUUUUUUAAAACAUGUAAAUAUCAAAUACCCAGUAAUAAUUAAAAUGUAUGUAGUCAUGUUAGAUCUUUGCUUAGAUUAAUUUCAGGCUAACUUUCACCACAAUAAAGAAACAAAAGUUAUUAAUUUGUAGAGUAGUUAAAGAGGACAGUUUUUCUUUUAUGUUGUAACUGUAAGACAUAAGGUACUUCCUUCAUAGACACAUUUACAUAAUUUUUAAACAGAUACAAGCUGUGUUUGCUUUAGUUGUUUUAUUAUUGUUGUUUUUUUGUAAAAUGCUUCAUGUAUAUUUUAAAAUGGGAAUUCAUUGUGUUUACUUUUGAACUUGUGCUUUUUCUUAUGUUUAGCAACAGCAAUUUGUGUUGAUUAUCUCAAGCAAAAUCCUUGUUCUUCUUAGAGAACAAAUAUGAUAUGUGAUUAAAAACAACAACAAAGAUUACCUAGAAAAAUCACCAAAAGAUUGGUUUAAGCAUGCCAGAAAAAUUGUUUGAACUUGAAGUUUAUUUUUUAAUUAUUUUAAUCAAAACUUUGGAUCAAUUGUAUAUAUUGUUUAUUUACUACACUGUGACAUGUAAAAAACAGAAAGUAUACCAAACUUGUUUUGCUUGUGUUUGAGUGUUUUUUACCUGUAUGUGCAGAAUUCUAUUAAUCUUGAAUUUUAGUAUUAUAUUACUAGCUUUGGUUUAAAGGAUUUCAAAUCUGAAUUGGGCCAUGCACACACACAUUGUUUGAUAUGUUUGUGAAAGCAUAAUAAUGAACUCACUGGGUUUGGAAUGCUGUUGUGUGAUAGCACUUUAGAAUAGAUACUAUAUUAUUUGGAAGCCAGGUGAAAUUUCUCUAGAUAUUACAAGCUUUUGUUAUUUAUGCAAACUAGAGGUCACAGUACGAAAAACUGUAAAAUAUAUAACAGUAUUGGAUGACUUUAUAUUUGCACAAAUGAAACUUGCAUGUUUUUAUAUAUACUUUCAGGUAUUAGAAGGAAGAUUGAUGGGAAUAAGUUAAUUGAAUGUUAUGCAUUUGAUAUUGUUAACUUUAAAAUUAUAAAAGUCACAUUGUAACUAGAAUGUUUUGAAGGUAUGGUUUUGAUAAUGAGUUUAGCAGUGACUGAUUAUCUAAAUUAUGUAUUAUAUUUACAUUAGGUUUAUUAAUGUACAUACAGUGCUUAUAUUUAGCCUUUAUGAUGUAAUGUGGCUGAUAGAAAAAGGAUUUCAAGAAAAAAACAAACUCUAUUGAGAUAGGGGUUAGAAGCCACUGUGCAUCAAAAACAGAAAAAUAAAUGUAUAGUUUGUUGUUGGUGAGUGGUUGAUGAUGGUUAAUAAUAACAAUAGACCUCGAUAACAAAUCCACAGAGGUGUAGCAAGGGCUUCAUUUCUCUUAUUUAUUCUAGUUUCAGAAACUUAAGAAAAUCCUUUUGCCUUUAUUAAUUUUCCGUAAUGAAUAAUUGUUUUGUUUUUAUAUUCAAAUUCUUGACUAGUGUUGUUUGAUCCAAAACUACUAACAUUGAGGAACCACUAUAUAUAUAGUUGCUAUUUUUAAAUUAUUAUACCAGAUAGAAUGUACAAAAUAUACAAUUUAAGAAUCCUAUCAUUUUUAAGCCUUUAUGAUGCACAACUGUUGGAAGAAUGUAUUUUAUAGACUACUUUGUCUUCUUCAUUUAAAGUUUUCAAGGGACCAGAACAAGCCAUAAUGUUGCCAGUAUAGAUAUAGUUUUAUAGAUGUUCUCGGUUUUGUGUGUAAAAAAAACCAAUAUUUGUAAUUUUUUUAAUGUAUUCGUCAUAUCAAAGUAUUUUACUACCAAGAGCUUUUUCUUGCAGUUAAAAUUAGAUUUUGAUAUAGAAUAGUUCAUGUUGUCAUAGGACUCUGUGUCUAUUGCUGUUCAGAGUACCAAGUUAGUUACUUUAAAGUAUAUUGGAAAACUACUGAAAUCUGUGACUUGACUAAUUCAUUGUAAAUCAAGUAUUAAAGUUUUCAAAAUGAGUGUACUCCCAACCUUUAUAUAGAUUAUGAUUCAAGAAUUAACUACUUUGAAAUAUUGUAAUGUCUAGUAUAAUGUAACUUUGCAGUCUCAUUAAUUUAAUUUUCAAUACAACAGGUAAACAUAGUUUUUGCAAAAUAAAAUUAAAAGCAUUCUAAUAUAUGCAUGUUUAUUUUAUAAAGACAUAUCAUAUCUUGGGCUAUGAAAGUAGGAAACGUUUUUGGAUCUGAGGUUAAGUGGUUAAGCUCAAGUGAUAAAGAUCUUUCACAUACACAGGAAAUUUAGACUUUAGUUUAUAAUGAAGAGAGGGAGAGUGAUAGUAAUUGUUUUUGCUCCGUUAGAAUCAUGAUGAAAGUUUAGCUUCUUACAAUAUUUCAUUCAUUUAUUUUAAAUGUGCCAACUGCAGGUAUAUAUUCCAGCAGUAUUAUUUUUGUUUUCUUUCUGCCAUGUUAAAGAAUAUUAAUAGAAUCAAUAUUAUGAAUUAAUAAUCUUAGCUAUGUUUCAAGGAAAGAUAUAAAUUUGAUUUACUGUGACUUAAAACAGUACAUUUAUAUUGUAGCUCACCUGUAUUUACAUUGUAUUAAAGCAUUAGAUUCACAUUGUAGAAACACGUGUAUCUUCACUGUAUUAAAGCCAAAAGUGCAUACUCUACACGUUAUUUUUUUAGUCUUCAAAUAAUUUUUAUUGUUUGGUGGUAACAGGUGUGUUUAACAUUCACAAUAAGGCUGGUAAUAAUUUUAAUUGCAUCCCUACUUACUGGCUAAAUAUGGGUUUCUAGUAAGAAGAGUGUAUUGUAACAUUUCCACUACAUUUCAAUGUACUGUAUGCUACUUAUGAUGCCUUUUGGUCAACACCAGAGUUUUUCAGACUAGUUGGAUUUCAACAUAUAAAGCCUUAAUUGAAAAGUUAUUUAUAGCACACAUUUAUGAUACUUCAAGUUUUCUGGUGUAUAAUGACAUAUUGUGCUUUUGCAGCUUUGGAAUUAUACAUUGAAUUUUACAGUUUGCAUCAAGUAUUUUUUUAAAACUGAAUGUUUAUAAAUAUUUAAUGUGAUACAAUAAUAAACUUCUUAAAGUACAGAAAAAAAGUUUUUUAUUUCUUUACUGCAUUUUGUCAAACUUUUGAGUGAUAUUGUUUUAUUUAUAAAGGUAUUGAAAAAUUUUUUCAUUUGCUCUCCUCCUCUGAAUUAAAUUGUUUUGGAACCUUUAUGGGUUUUCUGUUUGUAUAAAGAUUAGACAUAUAGCACUUGUAGUUUGUUAUUUUCAGAAAGUUGCUGAAGUUAUUUUUUCUACAAAUACGUGAAGGACUGGAUGUAAACAUUAUUGUUGCUUUUCAGUUUUCUUGUUUUUGAAAGCUACUAGUGUUUAUCAGAAAUUAUACACAUAGAUAAAUACAUAUGUAGAUAUAAAUCAGGAUGUUUGUAUUACUGAUUGUUGACCUAUUCAUUUAUUUGUUUUGUUUUUUUCAUAAUUAGGUUAUUUAACUCCUAAGAAUUUCUAGAAACUACUGCACUGAACGAUUUUUGCAGUUACUUGACAUAAAAUAUCAGUGAGGUUUCUCUUUAUUAGAAUCUGUAAAAAUACAAACUUGAGUUAAAAAAUCCUGAGAAAAAGAAAUGUGUAAAUGUAUUGCAUUUACUAACAAACAUGACAUACCAUUCAAGGAUCGUUGUAAAUGUAGCAAAGGAGGGGCUACUCAAAAUAUAAUGUAAAAAUGCUUACAAUACUAAUGUCAUCAAUACCUGAAAAAAAAAAAUACUACAAUUUACUUAAAGCUCUCUCUCUCUCCAUUGAUUAAUUGUGCUUUGUUUAUAAAAUCAUUAAAAAUGUUAAAGUGCAUAUGGUUUUAAAAGCUCUAAAAGUUCUAUUAUUUACUUAAUUUUUAAGCAUUUAUUAACGCUAUGUGCACUCAUGGUAUUAUGUAUUUAGUAUCAGUUACCAACUAUUAAUUUUACCCUACACUGCUGAUUUAGAAAUAGUUCAUGGUAAGGGAGAGAAUAAAUAUCAGGUACAGUAUACAGGGAUACUGAAAAAACUGUAGAUAUGCAUUUUGGAACUUCUAGAGGUUAUGCAAUAUGUAGAAUGUAUGAUGGAAAAAAUAUUUUUAUUUCUUACAUGAACAUCACCUUGUAUCAGGGGUUAAGCUUGAGGGCUUAUGCAAAAAAUUGGGUAUUUUAUAUGUGUGGUGGGUACAGCAUAGAUAGCUAAUCAUGGGAUUGGCCUUCAUGUUAUAACAUUCCCAUGGCUAAAAUGGUAAGAUUGUGACUCAAGUGUCCUAACCACCAGGCCAUAUAAAACUAUAAGUAUGAAUGAUUCAUCAAACAAUUGUUUGACAUGUGGUGUUUCCCCAUUACAGUGAACCCUUGUUAGCUUGGACAUCAACAAACUGGAUGAUUUUUCAUGUAGACAAAUCUUCCCAAUGAAAAAUUUAAUCAAUAAUCAGUAUGUUUGUGUUCUAAAUCCAAACAUGCAUUGCCUAUAAGUACAUGAUUCGGUAAAUUAUAAAUGUUUUCGAGUCGAUAACAACGACAAAUGAGGUGAUAAUUACUCACCACAAAAACAUGCACUCAAAGUGGGUACCAAUUUAUGAUAAUUUUUCUGAGAAUGACCUUCACAGUAAGGAUGUACAUGUAAACUCUAACAAAUAUUGAGAGGUUAUCACAGCGACUUAUGCUACUGUCAAAUCACAGUACUCCACAACAAAGAUGCUUAGAAAUAUUAGCAUAAUUAAAAUAUGAUGUUUCUUAAUACAAGGAAACUACAUUUAGAAAUAUCUUAUAAGUGAGUCAUUUUUUGAACAAAAUAAGGAUUUGUGUGAAGAUAAUGACGUAAUGUAUGACUUUGAUUAUGCAAUUUUUACAAUUAUUGGCAACAAGUAAAAUAUUAAACUGACAAGUGUAUUUAAAUGCAGUUGAUUUUUGUCUACCAGUUGCAUGUCCACUCUUAUAGUUUGCACUCGUACGUUCAUUCAUUGAUAAUAGAUGCUGUUAAUAGAAUAUCCAUUGUAUUCAAAAUGGCUGAUUCGACUAGUUGGAUGUCUUGAUAAUCCAGAAGAACUACCUCAUCACAAAUGUGUUUGGAUAAAUGAAGUUUCAUUGUAGAAAAACAAAUUAAAAAACUAAAACCUUAAUAACAACUGAAUCAGGUAAAUUGGACAGGCAAAUGUAUUCACAGCAAUA